AUGAGCGACCCUAAAGUGAGUGCGAUUGAAGCGCAAGCGGAGCGGAGUGAAGCGACGGAGCCGCUCGGCGCGCAGCAGGCGGUGAUGAUAUUCGUGAAGCGGCCGGCGCCGGGGCGCGUGAAGACGCGCCUGGCGGCCGGCGUGGGGGCGGACGCGGCGUGCGACUUCUACUGCGCGUGCUGCGAGCACGUCGUCACCAAUAUCGCGCGCUGCCCCGACCUGCACGCAUCCACGCAUGUCUUCAUCUUCUUCUCUGAGCCGUCGGAUGAAGGCGAGAUCAAACGGUGGAUGCAGCAGGUGCUGCCAUCCUCCACCUCCCUCCGCUUUGUGCCUCAGGUGGGGGGAGACGUGGGGGCGCGCAUGCAAGCCGCCUUCCAGCAGGUGCUGGGCCUGGGGUACCAACGGGCAGUGAUGAUCUGGAUGGCAACAGCAACAGGAAUUCUGAUAUGGAUGGCUCUAUUGUCACUGCUGCUCUCUCUCCUCCCCGUUGCAUGUCCCUCGUCCCUCUGCCUCACACACUCCGCCAUGCCAGAUGGUGGGGGGGGUGGUGGUGGUGAUUGGAUCAAAUCGCACAUCCCUGAUGUCGAUGGCGCUAUUGUUGCUGCUGCUUUCCCUGCUCCCUGUUGCAUGCCACUUGUGGUGGUGAUCGGAUCAGAUAUCCCUGAUGUCGAUGGUGCCACUGUGGCUGCUGCGCUCUCUGCUCUCAGGCACCACCGGGUGGUGUUUGGCCCAGCCCUGGAUGGCGGAUACUACCUCCUUGGGCUCACUGCAGUGCUGCCUUGCCUCUUCCAUGUAUGGCAUAGAGUGCGGCACGGUCAGGAUGCUUGUGUCAUGUUAUUCUCGAGAAUUAAGGUGCUGGAGUUGUCACUCACUCUCUUCCCUUGUUCUUCACCCUGCUCCCCCUCUCCAAUCUCUCCCCGCCACUUUUCCUUCCUCCCGCCAUCCUCCCACCCCCCCUCUUUCUCUCACACCACCAUACCCCAUCAGGGAAUAGAGUGGAGCACGGACAGGGUGUUGCAGCAGUCACUCUCAGCACUCCACACCAACGGAGUGGCUGACAUGGCCCCACUAACCUGCCUCCCUCUCGCCUGUGGAGCAUCGACACAGUACACGACCUCACAUCCUGGCUCCUCCCCGCUCUCCUAUCUCCCCUGUCUCUCAUUUCCCGGACCCCAUCAGGGCAUAGAGUGGAGCACGGACCGGGUUCUGCAGCAGUCACUGCAGUCCACUCCCACACAGUUCCUGUCAGCCAAAGAGUCACUGGCCUGCCUGCAACCUGCCCCUCUCUCCCUUCCCCGGGCCCCAUCAGGGCAUAGAGUGGAGCACGGACAGGGUGCUGCAGCAGUCACUCUCAGCACUCCACACCAACGGGGUGGCUGA